AUGAUCACCGAGUGGAUUCUUGCGGGACUAUUGACCCCAGUGAUCGACAACAUUGAAUUCCAACGGUUCCUCGGCAGGAAGGGUGAUAUCUGGGAGUCUCCCCUAUCCAGGUCUCCAACUACAACAAAGCAAAGUCUCGAGAUUUCCUUCGAUGAAGUAGUCUGCUUCUCUAUGAUGCCGCACUCUACAGGGGCAUCCACGCCAGCAGUGGCAAUAACCGCGCUUGAUGAGAAACUUACUGAUGCAAAUACCAAGUCGUCUGCUCAGUUUCUCCAUGAUCAUGGCCUUACCGCGGAUAACCUCCCAUACUGGCUAAUGAAUGUUCCCCACUCCAAAUGGACCGCCGAGUGCCCACCCUUUCUACUGGGUCAAUCACCGAAGAACAUUCGAUGUCUCGCUACACCCGAUUCACAAUACCAACGACAAAACUGGGAGCUGGUGCAGGAAAUAAUCAGAACGAACCGGAUUGAUCGAUUCCAACGCGUGCCUAGUGACUUGCGCAAAUAUCUGGAAUAUGUGGCCCACAUUAAAGCCGAGUAUGGAUCGGUGAUGCGGUUUGUUGUCAAAGAAAGACUAGGAUGGGGUAAUGGAGACACCAAAGACUUGAUUCCCAAAGGAGAACCAUUUGAGUUCGACGAGGAUAUCCGCAUUCUGUACAAUGACUGGCCCUAUGGUAUUGACACCGACAUUAUCCACUUGGUCGUAUGGACCAAGUUUGAGCUGCCCGAUGACCCAAUUACGGGGGAUAUUACGCCCGAAGUCCACCUGGCCAUCGAGCAAUAUGUCCAACGAACUUUCUGCUCUCGAGUGGCAGCUGAACAAGUAGUCUGGUUCAAAAACUGGAAGUCUCUCAAAUCUGUCCACGCGGUCGAACAUUUCCACGUCAUGCUUCAUCGACCAGAUCUGGUAUUUGUUAGGGAGAUCACGCGUGGGGACAUCCCGCAGAUUGAACGGGUCUGA